AUGACGAGCGAAGACCAACUCAUCUCCCUGCGUCGGAGACGAGGCUAUUGUAGCGGCCGAUUCACAUACUUAUCGAACCGACUGGACGAGUACGAGCAAUCAGAGAGUCAGCAAAACUCCUUAUUAACGAACUACGUGAAACAACUGACCGAAGUUGCGAGUCAGUUCGAAGCGAUCCAACUCGAGUUAGAAGUAUUGGACGAGGAGGAACAAGCGCGCGGCUUCGAAAUAAGGGAUCAUUUAAAUCCGAUAGCCAUUAAAUUACCAGAUCUUCGGCUCCCUACUUUUGACGGAAGCUUAGAAAAAUGGAACACGUUUUAUGAUACCUUUUCUUCCACAAUCGAUAAAAAUCCUAGUCUCACGGACAUACAGAAAUUCCAUUACCUGCAGUCCGCCCUGCAAGGAGAAGCAGCCGAUUGUUUAAACGCGUUACCCCUUAGUAAUGUAAAUUACAGUCAGGCUAUAGCCGUUCUCAAGGAGAGUUUCGAAUGUCCACGAUACACAGCUUUCAGUUACUGCACGGCAAUAAUUGAUUAUCCAAGGAUAACCAAGGAAUCUCCAACGGAAUUAAGACGCUUAGUCCACACAUUUAAACAACACAUAUAUGCAUUGAACAAAUUAGGAGAAUCCUACCCCGAUACCAGUGCUAUGCUCAACAGCCUCAUCCUCUCGAAAAUACCACUAAGUAUCCAAAAGCAAUGGGAAAUGACGUUGCCCAAUAACGAGGUGCCUCCGUACAUUCAUUUACUAAACUUCCUAGAGAGAUUAGCACGAAGCUCCAGACCGAUCACCACGGUCAGACAAACAAGAGAAUCACCGGAACAAACUACUCCGGUCCGUCAACGCGCAUCACGAGGGCAUGCACUUACGGCGACACAGGUUACUCCAACAUGCCCCACCUGUCAAGGACCACACCCCAUUUGGAGAUGUGACACCUUCAAAACCAAAUCCCUUCGCGAACGCAUUCGGGAGGUCAAAAGGGCAUCACUAUGCCUCAACUGCCUCGGGAAAGAGCACACAACGAAGCAUUGUUUCGCAGGAUCAUGUCGCGUAUGCGGAGAACGACAUCAUACAAUGCUGCAUAGGACAAAACGCCAUUCAGGGUCUCGUUCCAGCACGUCCAGCCCGAAAUCUUCCCCAUCAAAUAGCCGAUCCACAACACCUUCUUUGCCACCCUACGUAUCACCCACUCGUCGCAAAAGGCACACAACAGACCACAGAUCGGAAACACCACGAACAGCCGCGUCUCCAAGUCCACCGCCCAGUGACAGACGAACACAUAACCAAUGA